AUGGGUAAGGUUCACGGCUCUCUCGCCCGUGCGGGUAAGGUCAAGUCGGCCACUCCUAAGGCAAGUGCUCCCGUCGAACCUCUGGUCGCCACCCCGGUCGAGAUUCGAGCACGCAGUGUCGAGCCCCAGGAGAAGGCUAAGAAGCCCAAGGGCCGCGCCUACAAGCGCAUCCAAUACACCCGCCGUUUCGUGAACGUUACCAUGACCGGUGGCAAGCGCAAGAUGAACCCCAACCCCGGCUCAUAA